GGCGCGGGGCCACUGGCCGGGCUGCGAGCGUGACUCGGCACUGAGCCCCCCCGCGCCCUCCCACCCGGGCCGAGCCCACCAGCUUCUCCCCGGCGUCCGCGCGCCCCGCGGGAGAGCCGGGCUGGGCCGAGCAUGGCGCGCCUGUUCAGCCCCCGGCCGCCCCCCAGCGAGGACCUCUUCUACGAGACCUACUACAGCCUGAGCCAGCAGUACCCGCUGGUGCUGCUGCUGCUGCUCAUCGUGCUCGGCGCGCUGCUGGCGCUGCUGGCGGUCGCCUGGGCCACCGGCAGGGAGCUGAUCUCAGACCCAGGCUUCCUGACCAUUGUGCUGUGUGCUCUGGGCGGUUUCUCCCUGCUGCUGGGACUGGCUUCCCGGGAACAGUGGCUGCAGCGCUGGACACGACCCCUCUCAGGCUUCGUGUGGGUGGCACUGCUCGCCCUUGGUCAUAGCUUCCUGUUCACUGGAGGCGUAGUGAGCGCCUGGGACCAGGUGUCCUUCUUCCUCUUUGUCAUCUUCACUGUGUACGCUAUGCUGCCCUUGGGUAUGUGGGACGCAGUUGCUGCGGGCCUCACCUCAUCACUCUCACACCUGCUGGCCCUUGGAUUCUAUCUUGGACCCCAACCGGACUCAAGGCCCGCACUGCUGCCACAGCUGGCGGCUAACGCGGUGCUGUUCCUGUGCGGGAACGUGGCGGGGGCGUACCACAAGGCGCUGAUGGAGCGCGCGCUGCGCGCCACCUUCCGGGAGGCGCUGACCUCGCUGCACUCGCGCCGCCGACUGGACACCGAGAAGAAGCACCAGGAACACCUUCUCUUGUCCAUCCUUCCGGCCUACCUGGCCCGCGAGAUGAAGGCAGAGAUCAUGGCCCGGCUGCAGGCUGGACAGGGCUCCCGACCAGAGAGUACCAACAACUUCCACAGCCUCUAUGUCAAGAGACACCAGGGAGUGAGUGUGCUGUAUGCAGACAUCGUGGGCUUCACGCGACUGGCCAGUGAGUGCUCGCCAAAGGAGUUGGUGCUCAUGCUCAACGAGCUCUUCGGCAAGUUUGACCAGAUCGCCAAGGAGCACGAAUGCAUGCGGAUCAAGAUCCUGGGAGACUGUUACUACUGCGUCUCGGGCCUACCACUUUCGCUGCCAGACCACGCCAUCAACUGCGUGCGCAUGGGGCUGGACAUGUGUCGGGCCAUCAGGAAGCUGCGGGCAGCCACGGGUGUGGAUAUCAACAUGCGUGUGGGCGUGCACUCUGGCAGUGUGCUCUGCGGAGUCAUUGGGCUGCAGAAGUGGCAGUAUGACGUGUGGUCCCAUGAUGUCACGCUGGCCAACCACAUGGAGGCGGGCGGCGUGCCAGGGCGGGUGCACAUCACAGGGGCUACCCUGGCCCUGCUGGCAGGUGCUUAUGCAGUGGAGGCUGCAGCUAUGGAACACCGGGACCCUUACCUUCGGGAUCUGGGGGAGCCUACCUACCUGGUCAUCGAUCCCCGGGCUGAGGAGGAUGAAAAGGGCACCGCUGGAGGCUUGCUGUCUUCUCUUGAGGGCCCCAAAAUGCGUCCUUCCCUGCUGAUGACCCGCUACCUGGAGUCCUGGGGUGCAGCCAAGCCUUUUGCUCACCUGAGCCAUGUGGAUAGCCCCGUGUCCACCUCCACCCCGCUCCCGGAGAAGGCUCUGGCUUCCUUCAGCCCCCAGUGGAGCCUGGACCGGAGCCGCACCCCCCGAGGACUUGAUGAUGAACUGGACACAGGGGAUGCCAAGUUCUUCCAGGUCAUCGAACAGCUCAAUUCACAAAACCAGUGGAAGCAGUCGAAGGACUUCAGCCCACUGACACUGUUCUUCCGAGAAGAGAAGAUGGAAAAAGAGUAUCGGCUCUCCACACUCCCCGCCUUCAAGUACUACGCAGCCUGCACCUUCCUGGUCUUCCUCUCCAACUUCAUCAUUCAGAUGCUGGUGACCAACAGGCCCCCAGCUCUGACCAUCACCUACAGUGUCACCUUCCUCCUCUUCCUCCUCCUCCUCUUCGUUUGCUUCUCAGAGCACCUGACGAGGUGCGUCUUGAAAGGUCCCAAGAUGCUGCAUUGGCUGCCCGCCCUCUCUGGCCUGGUGGCCACCAGGCCCGGACUGCGAGUCGCCCUGGGCACGGCCACCAUCCUCCUGGUCUUCACCAUGGCCAUCAUCAUCCUGUUCUUCUUACCGGCAACCGCUAGCUGUCCUUUCCACACUCACAACAUAUCCUCGGUGACCGCCAACCUCUCCUGGGAGCUCCCCGGCUCCUUGCCUCUCAUCAGCAUCCCGUACUCCAUGCACUGCUGCGUGCUGGCUUUCUUCUCCUGCUCCGUCUACCUGCACAUGAGCUUCGAGCUGAAGCUGCUGCUGCUGCUGCUCGGGCUGGCAGCCUCCUGCUCCUUCUUCCUGCACUCCCACGCCUGGCUGUCCGACUGCCUCAUCGCCCGCCUCUAUCUGGGCCCCUCCAGGCCAGGCGUACUGAAGGAACCCAAACUGAUGGGCGCUAUCUCCUUCUUCAUCUUCUUCUUCACCCUCCUGUUCCUGGCCCGCCAGAAUGAGUAUUACUGCCGCCUGGACUUCCUGUGGAAGAAAAAGCUGCGGCAGGAGCGGGAGGAGACUGAGACAAUGGAGAACCUGACUCGGCUGCUUUUGGAGAAUGUGCUCCCGGCACACGUGGCCCCCCAGUUCAUCGGCCAGAACCGGCGCAACGAGGACCUCUACCACCAGUCCUACGAGUGCGUCUGUGUGCUCUUCGCCUCAGUCCCUGACUUUAAGGAGUUCUACUCUGAAUCCAACAUCAACCAUGAGGGGCUCGAGUGUCUGCGGCUGCUCAAUGAGAUCAUUGCUGAUUUCGAUGAGCUACUCUCCAAGCCCAAGUUCAGUGGUGUGGAGAAGAUCAAAACCAUUGGCAGCACCUACAUGGCAGCUACAGGCUUAAAUGCCACCUCGGGGCAGGACGCCCAGCAGGAUGCUGAGCGCAGCUGUAGCCACCUGGGCACCAUGGUGGAAUUCGCGAUGGCCCUGGGGGCUAAGCUGGAGGUUAUCAACAAGCAUUCCUUCAACAACUUCCAUCUGCGUGUGGGGCUGAAUCAUGGACCUGUAGUGGCCGGAGUGAUUGGAGCCCAGAAGCCACAAUAUGACAUCUGGGGCAACACAGUGAACGUGGCCAGCCGCAUGGAGAGUACAGGAGUGUUGGGCAAGAUCCAAGUGACUGAAGAGACAGCUGAGGCGCUGCAGUCCUUAGGCUACACCUGCUACAGCCGGGGUGUCAUCAAGGUCAAGGGCAAGGGACAGCUCUGCACCUACUUCCUAAACACAGACUUCACUCGAGCUGGUCCUCCCUCGGCCACCCUGGGCUGAGACACCGCCUGCCUGUGCUCUGCCUCUCAGAGCUUCACCAAAGAGAUGAGUAUGACCACAGCCGGAUGAAGUCAGGGGCUGCUGGGAGAGCUGGGGGUUCCCUUCUCCCUGCACCCCCACAGGACAGCAUCUCCUCGGGCCAAACAGAGAGAGUGUGUGAAAUCCUGGGCCUGAACACGUGGGAGAGGAAUGAAUCUUUGUCACUAGCGAGGAAGAGGGUGGCUGCCACUUCCCGGUUUGCUCGCCAGCCCCAUUCUGAUCACAUGUACACCUGGGAAGCAUAAAGGGUUUUAGCGACAUGACUCAAAACUCAGGACUUGUCCUUUCCUGCUCCCCACCCACAGAUACUGGAAGGCACCGCCAAGGAAGUGCCGUUUACCUUUAUUCAUUCUACAGAUGCUGAGUAAGCACUGAGCAUGUGCUGACGAGGCAG